AUGACUUUAGGAAUCUUGGGGAAACAUUGGGGUAUUGGCCGAAAAAGAGGUAAUGGUGAAAAUGAAGGUGUUGGAGAAUUAGGAGAAACAAAGUCGUUAUCAACAGGUGUUUACUAUUCCAAUUGGUCAAUUUAUCAGAGAAAGCAUUCACCUAAUGACAUAGACUAUGAAGCUAUUGAUCAAGUUUAUUAUGCGUUCUUGGUUUUAGAUAGUAAUACAGGGAAAUUGAAGUUUCUGGAUACUUGGUGUGACUUAGAAAUGCCUUUAUCGGGUCCUGGUGGUUCAACUUUGGGUUUAGUGAAUGUAUUUAAACAAUUAAAGGUCAAGUAUCCUAAAUUAAAGGUUUCAUUCUCAAUUGGAGGUUGGGGAGCUAAUGAAUCAUUCAAGGUGGUGGCUAGAAAUGAGCAUUUGGUGACUGAAUUUGCACGAAGCUGUGGAGAAUUUUUAAGGAACUAUGAAUUUGAUGGUAUAGAUAUUGAUUGGGAGUAUCCACAGACAACAGAAGAAGGUAAGCAGUUCCUCAAUAUGAUCCGUUUAGUAAAACAAGAGAUGAACCGAGUCAAACCGGGGUCAUCAUUAUCCAUAGCUGCACCAGCUGGGGAUGAUAAUAUCAAGCAUCUCAGAAUCGGCGAUAUGAAUCAAUACUUAGAUAGAUGGAAUUUGAUGUGUUACGAUUUCACCGGAUCAUGGUCCCAAAAAUCAGGGUACCAUUCAAAUUUAUAUGGUUUCAAUGGUGAUAACUCUUUAAACACUUCAGAGGUUGUGCACAAAUAUAUCAAACAGGGAGCUUCAACUCAUAAGAUCAUUGUAGGUAUGCCACUUUACGGCCGAAUCUUUCCUGGAACAAAAAAGAUCGGUACACCAUUUGAUACCAGUAAAAUACAAGGUGAAGGUACCAUAGAUUAUAAACAAUUACCAUUACCUGGUAGUCAGGAAGUUUUUGAUGAUAAAGCUAUUUCAGUAUAUUGUUAUGAUAACUCACAAUUAAUUACCUAUGAUAAUUCCACCACUAUUCGAUACAAAGCUGAGUUUAUUAAGAACAACCAUUUAGGUGGUGGGAUGUUUUGGGAUUCGGCAGGAGAUUCCCGACCUUCAUUGAUUACAGAGUUCUCCAGAGCAUGUAAAUAA